GAAGGGCAGAAAGGUAUUUCUCCGUACACACACACACAUAGGAAACCUGUCUUCCCGCACACCGAUCAGUCGAGCAAAAAGACACUGCUCUGCGCAGCAACAUUACGAUCCUUCCCUCCACGAUCCUUUCUCAUGACAUCACUCAUCUUCAGGGAUGACCGUCUUCGCUCGUUUGGCUGGGACCACGAGUUUUGGAACUUCUAUCUUAAGAUCUUAGUAUUAGUUUUGGGCCGGCUUUUUGAGUACCCAUACCUACCCCGGGUUUUUAUUAACGAAGUGAUGACGACGACGACAACAACAAUGAUACCAACAAUAGCAGUAGCAGUAGCAGUAGCAACAGAAUGAUACACCUUUGAUAGGUAGAAAAUGACUUUGAAUCAAUCAGCUCAUGUGCGAUCAUCAUGAU